UUUAUAAAAUUAAUUUCGUUUGAUAGUAAUCAAAAAUUGGGCUUUAGAAAACAUAAAUGCGUUAUAUUCAGAUUUAGAAACACAUUAAGUUAAGUGUAAUUCUUUCAAGUUAAUUAUUUUAUGUUGUUGACCGAAGUAAGGUGCUGGUGCUUCUUUUCGACCAUCAGUUACAACUUACAUUUUUAAGAUGCACAACGUACUUAGGACUUAUGUGGUGAUACUGAUAGGCAGGUGUACUAAAUUAGUACUUGUAGUACCAUUGACUGUAAAUUGAAAUAAAAAAAUUGUUUUAGAAUUGGAAUUAUAUUUUCUUUCCAAUGGAUGAACUUAAUUUGAAAAGCACCACCUUAUCUCCUGAGUCAACACGACUUACCUCUCAGUAUCUUGUGAUGGAACAGAUGCGUGGUCAUUAUAGCUUGGUCAAUAGAGCUAAAGAGAAAAACCAAAGGAAAAAAAAAGAACUUCAGAAAAAUUUUAAAUCCUGGUCCAGACCAUGUUCUGCUGUAGAAGUUGAGAGUCAUCAGCAUUCACAGGAUCUACAAGAGUCACCAGAAAGAGAAAAAACUGAAAUUUUCAAAGUACAAAGAAAUAUAAAGAGUCCUGUCUCUUCACAGAAGUCUAGUGUUGCUGACAAAAUUUCUUGGUACCUUGAGGCAUUAGAUCAAGGAGUCCUUGCUAAAACAUGGCCAGGAAAAUGUCCAAUCAGCACAAGCAGGCUAGUGCAUACUAAUAGUCAGUUAUCUCUGUCAACCAGUUUUGGGUCCAUUCAGAGGGAACAGGGAGAUUUGUUGGAUGGUCAUUUCGAUAAGUUUACUUUCCAGACAGAUCCUUUCAAGCCACAUCUCCUUAAAGACAAUCAUGCACAGUCUAGACUUCGUACCAUGAGGUGUUAUAGUCCACCACGAAGGAUAAAGUCAAUUCAUGCUCGAAAUAAU